GUCCCUCUUUCCUAGCUAGCUACUUAUAUAUAACUGCUACUCCUCACUUCUCAACAAAUAGGUUAAGAGAUGAAGGAGAGCAGCAGCAGAAAGCAAGGUGCGCCGGCGCCAUGCGCGGCGUGCAAGCUCCUCCGUCGGAGAUGCGCUGAGGAUUGCGUGUUCGCGCCUUAUUUUCCGGCGGACGAGCCCCACAAGUUCGCCAGCGUGCAUAAGGUCUUUGGUGCUAGCAAUGUCAAUAAGAUGCUUCAGGAGUUGCCUGAGCACCAGAGAGGCGACGCAGUGAGCUCAAUGGUGUACGAAGCAAACGCUAGAGUUAGGGAUCCGGUUUAUGGGUGCGUGGGUGCGAUAUCGUCUCUGCAACAGCAGAUAGACACGCUACAAACGCAGCUUGCGCUUGCACAGGCGGAGGUAGUCCACAUGCGCAUGCGUCAGUACUCAUCCUCGCCCGACUGCGCGUCUCCAUCCACGCGCGGAAGAAGGUCUCAUAAUCACCACCCCAAGUCCUCUUACAACAUGGAUGAGUCCUUCUGGAAUUAGUUUCCAUCUUAUAUUAUUAUAAUUAUUAUUAAUAUUCAUGGCCCUUCUCUUUUAUGUUUGCUUGCCAUGAUUUUUUUUUAAAGAAAAUUUCUCUCCUUUUUGGGUGUUUUUAAAUUAUUAAAUAUAUUAUAUCUUUAUCUUGCCUGACCGGCCGGGUUGAUGACGGUCAGAGUCGGAGUUGGAGUUGGAGUUGGAGUUGGAGUUGGAUUUGGAUUUGGAGAGGAUUACACUAUUGUUGUAAAUGCGAAAAGAAAAAAAAGCAUACAAUCAUAUGAAUAUUUGAGCAAUGUUUGUUGUGUCUUUUUGUUUAGAUUGGUACUGUUUCAAAAUUAUGGGUUUAUUGUUUGUUAUGUCGUUUUACGUUUCGGCUUUAAUAAUGAUGUUU